AUGUCCUACCGCGGGCCCCAGUUCUCCCUGGACACCUUCUCCACCAACGACUUCAUCGUCAAGGACUUUAUAGAAACCCUCUCCGACACCGCCGUCCCUGUCAACCGUCGCUCCCAGAUCCCCGCUCGCCAGGUCGCCUUCGACCCGAAACCCUUGAUCCGCAACUUCGAGGCCGCCCUGGCUAGGCUGGGCAGUUUGUCGGAAGAAUUGGAGCUCCAGGAAAACGAAUUGUCGGGUUCGGUGCGCCGCGCCGAAGCGCAACACAACCAAAAGGUCCAGUCGCUGAGCGUCAAACUUGACAAUGCUGUCGAGUCUUUCAACCAGCUUGACAGCUCGCUCAAUGGUGCCGUCACCGACGGUGUCGACGGGGAAACCGGAGGCAAUGUUGCCGUGAGGAUAGGUGAACGGCUAGAAGAGCUAGAUCGGCAGAGGCAGCGCGCACAGGAUGCCAAAUUCCUCAUACAAUGCUGGAUGGAAGUCAGUGAGCGCGGGGACUUGUCGUCAUUGGAAGACGUCAGACGGUUAGGGGGUGGAGACGGCAAGGUCCGCUGCGCGCAUAUUGCUCGGCAACUGCUCCGGCUUAGCCAUCGACUGGAUCCGGAAAGGUCGACUCAGGUCAACGGCAACAGACAGACGAAUGGUGCCGACAACGCCGAUGCGCCAUCAAGUCCGAAGAAGCACAACACGAGAGAGAUUAUAGAAAAGUUCUUGGAGAUGCUUGAGAAGGACUUGCUCAAACAGUUUGACGACUUUUACCGGAGGCAGAACUUUGACGGAAUGAGGGAAUGCGCUGCUGCUUUACGCGAUUUCAAUGAUGGUGCAAGUGUCAUGGGAUUAUUUGUCAACCAGCACCAGUUCUUUAUCGAUCGAAGCCAGCUUGUGACUGAAGAGCUCGCGAUAGAUCCUGAAACAUGGGACCGACUUGCUGACCCCGAUACGGAACCCCCCGGCGUUGAGCCUUCUCUGCAAUCUCUUGUGGACGAGGUGAGGCUAGUUGUUCAGGAAGAAUCGUUUAUUAUCAAGCGGGCCUUCCCCUACUAUGAUGAGGUUUUGGUGCGGUUCUUGCAAAGAGUCUUCCAGCAAUCGAUCCAAGCCCGUCUCGAAAUGGUCCUGGAAAAGGCCAAUUCGAUUUCGUCUCUAGCCUUCCUGCGAUCACUGCAGGCUGCUAGGAGCUACAUUGGAGGAUUAGUGGAUGACUUGAAAGCACAUGGAUUGACUGAACACCCAGAACCCAUCUCGUCACAAGUGGCUGCAACCCUGGACCAGCAGCUGGAUGAUCUCUUCGUACCGUACCUACUUGGUUCGUCAUAUAUCGACCGUGAAAGGAAGAACUUGGAAGAGCUGUAUUCCUCGCUGCUAUUCAAGUUUACUCUAUAUCACUCGAAAAAGCGUAAGAUUCCGACGUCUUACCUUGGAUCGCUUGGUCAGAGAGGUAGGGAGUUGUUCGCUUCGGCAAAAGAUGCUUACAUCGACCGACUCGGAUCGUCCGACUUGCCAAGUUCGCAAAGAAAUAUGAUGUUGAAGAUUGCCGACCUCAAGGAGGCAGACAGUGACAAGGAGAUCGAAGUCACUGAAGAAGAUGGUCAAUUAAGUUUGGCAAUCUCGAAGCGUAUGCUCAAAUGGCUUGCAGAAGGUGUAGGCAGAGGCCUUGAGUUGAGUGCGAACAGCGAAACGCCGAAGGAUGUACAGGCGCUGCUCACGCUCUUACUCACCCAUCUUGGCGAGGUCUACCUGGAAACGGCACUGGACGCAACCGCCGACUUUGCCACUUCGCAAGAAAACACCCGUAAUGCCACACCCGAAACAUCAUAUAUGUAUUCACUGCGUACGUCGAUUGGCAUCCUGCAUCUUCUACAGAUGUCUAUCUCAACAGUCCUGUUGCCGCUGGCAUCACCCAGUCUUACGACGCGCCGCGAGAUCGAAAAGGCCGCCAACGCCACGAUCACGAACCUUGAGAACAAGAUCUCCAACAUUCUGCAGAAGACGAUCGAUGUGACGCUGGCGUGGACGACUAAGCUGCUGCAAGGCCAGAAGAAGACGGACUUCCGACCCAAGGACGACGACCUGGUCUCGCUGGGCGCCGAGACGCCAACCUGCCUGGCAGUAGACCGCUUCCUGAACGGCGUAGCCAUCCAAGCCAAAGCGGCGAUCGCGCAGCCGGCACUGGGCCUCUUCCUGAGCGAGCUGGCAAUUGGGCUGCGCGCCCUCCUGCUCGACCACUUCCGCCGCUUCACCGUCUCGCUGACGGGCGGUCUCGUGGUCAGCAAAGACGCGACCAAGUACGCCGAGCUGGUGCGCGGCUGGCCGACGGCGGGCAGCGGCGGGGACGGCAGCGGCGUCGGCGGCAGCGGCACGGGCUCCGGCGCGGAUGGUGCGAGCGACUCGAAGCGCGGCGGGGGCGGCGGCGCAGCGGGCGGCUUCGAGAAGGGCGGCAUGGACGUGCUGGUCGAGGUGGCGAACCUGUUCGUCAUUGGACCCGAGGCGCUGCGCGAGCGGCUGCGCGGCGUGAGCGGCGCCGAGCGCGAGGGCUUGCGCGGCUUUGUGCGCAAUCGCGAGGAUGCGGGCUCGGCGGGGGUGCAGGGCGUGUUGGCGGGGCUGUGA